AGCCAGUUCUAAGACGGUCAUUUACCUCUUCACUCAAAAAGCAUGGAGCCGCUCACUACCAGCCUCACCCAUUCCAUUUCCACUCUUCCACCCAUCAGCUUCUCCGCCUCAGCUCCCUGUCUUCCCCCUCCGCAGCUUUCUGUCUCCACCGCCCGCCACCUCCGUUCCCGGGUUUUGCGUUUUAGUAAUCUGUUGCCUAAAGCGACAACUUCGGAAGAAGCCUCCUCCACCGGUCCAAACCGAUAUUUCGGUGAAGAUCGUGACCGCGUGGUGACAGUGGAAGAAGUUCCGGCGGUUGGGAAUAAUAAUGUCUUCAAUGAAAAGCUGCCACUUGAAGAACCUAAAGUAGAGUCAGCUGCCGAUGAGGACUCGCAGAUGUUCGAUUUUUUGGAGAAACUUAAUAUCAAGCUUGACUCUGGAGAUGGAUAUUCAAUCAUAUUAUAUGGAACUGGUGCCUUGUUUGCAUUGUGGCUAGCCUCAUCUCUUGUUGGUGCUAUUGAUUCAAUUCCAUUGUUCCCUAAAUUGAUGGAAGUUGUGGGUCUUGGCUACACAGUCUGGUUUAGUUCUCGAUAUCUGUUAUUCAAGAAAAGCAGGGAGGAGUUGGGUACUAAAAUCGAAGAACUUAAGCAGCAGGUCCUUGGCUCAGAGGACGGUUAAUAUAGGAGGAUUUCAUUCCAGUGAGUUUUGCUUGACACAUGAAAAUGGAAGAAAUGCAGAGUUGGAUAUUUUCUCUAGUUCAUAUUUAGGAACUUAAAAGAGUACAAAGAUAUGUCAAUAACAAAAACUAGUUAAAAGCAUAAAGAUAAAAGAUUUUGUUGGUUUGUUCUUCUAUGCAUAUCCUGCAAGUAUGUAUUUACUGUGUUCA